ACCCCCCUCUCCAACCUACGUUCGCUGAAUCGCUGCCACCGUAUUUAUUCGUGCCACCUCUCUCGUCCCACUCUCACGCCAGAGCUUACUUACUUCGAGCCACAGCGCCAUCGCGUUGUCUACCUAAGCUCCUCGCCAUUCAUAAUCUCGCGCACCUGGGUACGAACUCGAUCGCGAUCCGUUGUCCGUCCGUUCCUUAAAAACAGAGGAUCAUGAUCACCGUGGCGGCUCCGGAGGUGCAGCAGCCGCAUGCCGCGGCCGCGGAGUCCGUCUCGCGGGCGCCGGAGGAGACGAUCUUCCGGUCCAAGCUCCCGGACAUCGACAUCCCGAGCCACCUGCCCCUGCACGAGUACUGCUUCGCCAGGGCGGCCUCGCUCCCGGACGCGCCGUGCCUCAUCGCCGCGGCCACGGGAAGGACCUACACGUUCGCCGAGACGCGCCUUCUGUGCCGCAAGGCCGCGGCCGCGCUCCACGGGCUCGGCGUGGGCCACGGCGACCGCCUCAUGGUGCUGCUCCACAACUCCGUGGAGUUCGCGCUGGCCUUCUUCGGCGCGUCCUUCCUCGGCGCCGUCACCACGGCCGCGAACCCGCUCUGCACGCCGCAGGAGAUCCACAAGCAGCUCGUCGCUUCCGGCGCCAAGCUCGUCGUGACACAGUCCGCCUACGUCGACAAGCUCCGCCACGAGUGCUUCCCAAGGAUCGCCACGUCCACGACCGUUGAUGACGAGACGCUCGCCGUGAUCACCAUCGACGACGCCCCGGAUGGUGAUGACGAAUGCCUGUCGUUCUGGGGAAUAGUGGAGGCCGCGGACGAGAGCCGCGUCCCGGAGGCGGCAAUCUCGGCGGACGACGCCGUGGCGCUGCCUUACUCGUCGGGCACGACGGGGCUGCCGAAGGGCGUGGUGCUGACGCACGGGGGGCUCGUGGCGAGCGUGGCGCAGCAGGUGGACGGGGAGAACCCGAACCUGGACAUGCGUGAGGGGCGCGACGUGGUGCUCUGCGUGCUGCCGCUGUUCCACAUCUUCUCGCUCAACUCGGUGCUGCUGUGCGCGCUCCGUGCGGGCGCCGCGGUGCUGCUGAUGCCCAGGUUCGAGAUGGGCGCCAUGCUGGAGGGCAUCGAGCGGUGGCGCGUCACCGUGGCGGCCGUGGUGCCGCCGCUGGUGCUGGCUCUGGCCAAGAACCCGGCCGUGGAGAGGCACGAUUUGAGCUCCGUCAGGAUCGUGCUCUCCGGGGCCGCGCCGCUCGGCAAGGACCUCGAGGACGCGCUCCGCCGCCGAGUGCCGCAGGCCGUCUUCGGACAGGGGUACGGGAUGACGGAGGCCGGGCCGGUGCUGUCCAUGUGCCCCGCGUUCGCCAGGGAGCCGACGCCGGCCAAGUCCGGGUCGUGCGGCACGGUGGUGCGCAACGCCCAGCUCAAGGUGGUCGACCCCGACACGGGCUUCUCCCUCGCCCGGAACCUCCCCGGCGAGAUCUGCAUCCGCGGCCCACAGAUCAUGAAAGGCUACUUGAACGACCCCGAGGCCACCGCCGCGACCAUCGACGUCGAGGGGUGGCUCCACACCGGCGACAUCGGCUACGUCGACGACGACGACGAGGUGUUCAUCGUCGACCGCGUCAAGGAGCUCAUCAAGUUCAAGGGCUUCCAGGUGCCGCCGGCCGAGCUGGAGGCUCUGCUCAUCGCGCAUCCGUCCAUCGCCGACGCGGCCGUCGUCUCGCAAAAGGAUGACGCCGCCGGUGAGGUUCCGGUCGCCUUCGUAGUGCGCGCCGCAGAUUCCGACGUCACCGAGCAGGCUAUCAAGGAGUUCGUGUCCAAGCAGGUGGUGUUUUACAAGAGGCUGCACAAGGUGUACUUCACCCACGCGAUCCCAAAGUCGGCGUCAGGGAAGAUUCUGAGGAAGGAACUCAGAGCCAAACUCGCCUCCCCAGCCACAGCCUGAAGAGUUUGUUUACAAGAGACCUUGCAUUGCUCCAUUCCAAUCACUUGAGAACGGCAAUUCAAGAUACACCUUGUGCAGUGUGUGGAAAUGGGGGAUGAAAUUGUGUGUCUAUAUGUUUUUGUAUGCGACUACUCUCACAAUUGAGGAGAACCAUGUAUUGGGUUGGGUCCAUGAUAAUGUUAAAGAUGGUUCAUUUUGAUGUCA